UCUUUUACUGGUAUUAUGCACACCAGAAGAGUUUAGAGACUGAUUAAAGACUUGUGAGCGGCUGGACAACAAUUUCAAAACCUUGCUCAUCUUGGAUUAACUAGCCUAAAAUGGCAAUGAACAAAAAUUACCGAAUAGCUUUAUAGUGGUAACAUUUCAGUAAGUUUCAAACGGAACUUGGAUAUAAACAGUAGAGGCCAGCAGGCGUGUGUCGCAAGUUGUGAGCCAUACGUGAAACGGAAAAAGACGAAGAAGAAGAAUCUGGCCCGCGAGCUGGAUCAAAGCUGAUUGGCUGAGCCAGCGGGGGGCGUUAUUUGAAUUUCAGUCUGGAGUGUGUGGCGUUUGUAGCUUUUCGGGUAGUUAUAUCGGCUUCGAGUAUUUCAAGUUGAGAAGUGGUGUUGAACCCAACAGCAAUGCGUCAUAAUUCAUCUGCCAGCCGUCGGAAGGGUAAAACCCCUCAACGGCGCCCCCAAGUGCCAGCCCAAAGGACCCCCAGUGUAACAUCCCCAAGACGCAGUGGAGUUCCAGGACAGCCUCCUGUUUCCCCCAAGAAGAGGAAAUUUCGACCAGGAACCAGAGCUUUGAUGGAGAUCCGCAAGUACCAGAAAAGCACAGAUCUCCUCCUUAGAAAGGCGCCCUUUGCCCGUUUGGUGCAUGAGGUGUGCCAAAGCUUUUCUAGAGAAAAUCUUCGAUGGCAGGUUUAUGCUCUUCUGGCCCUCCAAGAGGCUGCAGAGGCUUUUCUCGUCUUGAUAUUUUCAGAUGCCAACCUGUGUGCCAUCCACGCCAAGAGAGUCACUGUAUUCCCUCGUGACAUUCAGCUAGCCCGGAGGAUCCGUGGGGUGGAUAAUCUGUAAUUCUUAAUCCCAUAACAGAAAUACAUUUGUUUCAUUUUGAUUUAGUUUAAAUUACAACUGUUAUAUUAAAGGUUUUCUAAUUGUAUGCUACAAUGUGGAGAGUUGAGGUUUGGUUCCUUUUCACACGUUGACUUAAAACAAAUGGCAUCCAAUGAAACCAGAAGCUUUUUCAUUCCCCCCGCUUUUUUUGUAAACAUUGUUGAGGGGUUUUACUUUGCAGAAUACAUUUAAUGUGUUCGUGUGAUCACUGUUCUUUUUGUAAUAUUUGAUAUGCUGUUAAUGUGUAUAUAUUGUUGCACGUUGUAUUAAACUUAUAUUCUUUUUUUUCUAUUG